UUUAGGAAAUUAGCUCAUAACGCAAAUCUUUUUCUUAAGGGCUCGAUCUCGAUCCAAGCUUCGCGCGACCGCUCCGUCGCCGCGCUUCUCCGCUCUCAGAUCCAGGCCGCGGCCAUGUUUCCGGGAGCUCGAUCUAUCUCCGCAGCCUCAUUCCUCCUCCUCCUCCUCGUUUCCUCCUUUGCUUCCGCAUCCGAGUCGGACCACAAGUACCAAGCUGACAGCCCGGUUACACUCUGGGUAAAUAAGGUUGGUCCCUAUAAUAACCCUCAAGAGACAUACAACUAUUACAGUCUUCCAUUCUGUCAGCCGUCUGAGAACCCUGCACAUAAAUGGGGUGGCCUAGGAGAGGUACUCGGUGGAAAUGAACUGAUCGAAAGCCAGAUCCAGAUCAAGUUUCAAAGAAAUAUUGAAAAGGAACCCAUUUGCACUAUUGAUCUUGAUGUUGCAAAAGUGAAGCAAUUUACUGAUGCUAUAGAAAACUCAUAUUGGUUUGAAUUAUUCAUAGAUGACUUGCCUUUGUGGGGCUUUGUUGGGGAGACGGACAAGAACAACAAGGAUAAACAUUACAUUUUCACGCAUAAGAGUAUUGUCAUCCAACAUAACAAGGAUCAGAUUAUUCAUGUCAAUCUCACUCAAGAAAAUUCUAAACUUUUGGUAGCAGAAAAAAAAUUGGAAAUGUCAUAUUCGGUAAAAUGGGAGCCAACCAAUGUGACAUUUGCCCGCCGUUUUGAAGUUUACUUAGAUUACCCUUUCUUUGAGCACCAGAUUCACUGGUUCUCUAUCUUCAAUUCUUUCAUGAUGGUCAUUUUCCUUACUGGACUGGUUUCUAUGAUAUUAAUGAGAACUCUCAGGAAUGAUUAUGCAAAAUAUGCUCGUGAAGAUGAUGAACUCGAGACUCUGGAAAGGGAUGUGAGUGAAGAAUCUGGAUGGAAACUUGUUCAUGGGGAUGUCUUUCGAUCCCCUCGCAGUUUGGUUCUUCUAUCUGCACUUAUUGGUACAGGUGCCCAGUUGGCAACACUUGUUCUUCUGGUGAUAUUGUUGGCAAUUGUUGGAACAUUAUACGUGGGGCGAGGAUCUAUAAUUACAACUUUCAUUGUAUGCUAUGCUCUCACGUCUUUCAUUUCUGGCUAUGUUAGUGGUGGACUUUACUCACGUAAUGGUGGUAAAAGUUGGAUAAAGGCAAUGAUUGUAACAGCAUCAUUCUUUCCAUUUCUGUGUUUCGGAAUUGGUUUCGUACUAAACACCAUCGCUAUAUUUUAUGGAUCACUAGCAGCUAUUCCAUUUGGGACAAUGGUGGUCAUGUUGAUACUAUGGGCAUUCAUCUCAUUUCCCCUAGCACUUCUAGGCACUGUUGUCAGUAGGAACUGGAGUGGUUCACCAAACAAUCCAUGCCGUGUUAAGACCAUUCCUCGACCUAUCCCCGAAAAGAAAUGGUAUCUUACACCUUCAGUUGUAUCAUUGAUGGGAGGAUUACUUCCAUUUGGUAGCAUCUUCAUAGAGAUGUACUUUGUGUUCACCUCGUUUUGGAACUAUAAGGUUUAUUAUGUGUAUGGCUUUAUGCUACUAGUCUUCCUGAUCCUCCUAAUUGUCACCAUUUGUGUGACCAUAGUUGGUACAUAUUUCUUGCUAAAUGCCGAGAACUAUCACUGGCAAUGGACUUCAUUCUUCUCUGCUGCCUCCACCGCCGUCUAUGUGUACCUUUACUCUAUAUAUUACUACCACAUGAAGACCAAGAUGUCGGGUUUUUUCCAGAUGAGCUUCUACUUCGGUUACACUUUGAUGUUCUGUUUGGGUUUAGGAAUCCUAUGUGGCGCUGUGGGAUAUCUUGGCUCUACUUUGUUCGUGAGAAGGAUUUACAGAAAUAUUAAGUGUGACUAGCCCAAGAAACAAGCAGAAUGAUCCAUAAUUCGAUACCAGGUGCAGGGCUACAAAUUUUUGGAACCUCACAUUUUCUUACGACGAGAACGAAUUACGAUAAGUAAGAUCUGACAAUUCUUGAUGUAAAUGUGUGGUUUCCUUUAUGUUUUUGAACUUUCAACGAAUGCUGCAUUUUAGAAUUGCUUUAGUUCCAUAGCCUUCGGAUGUACUUCGUUUAGACAAGCAAUCAACCUUCAUGGAUUUGAUCAAAUCGUUAAGGAUCUGUUUCUAUCAUAUUAAAUCUACACACGUGCCAUUGCCGCUCACAAGUGUUUAUUUUUUUAAUCAAAUUGUAAGGGAUUUUUUUUAAUCAAUUUUAUGGUGUAAGUUACAUUUUCCAUGUUGAUAUAAUUUCAAUAUUAGGGAAGUACUCAAUAUUCAUGAUUGAUGAACAAAUUGUAUAUAGACAUGUUUAAGGUAA